GCGUAGAAGAGGCAAAGUGUCCGGAGCGGCAGGGCGUUCGGACGUUAGAGGCAGUCGGCUUCCUAGCCUGAGACCGCCCCCCCUGCUCUUCRCAGUGCAAUGGCGGACGAGGGAAAGUCUUACAACGAGCAUGAUGACCGUGUUAGUUUCCCUCAAAGAAGAAAGAAAGGCCGGGGUCCUUUCCGGUGGAAGUAUGGUGAGGGGAACCGUCGGUCAGGACGAGGUGGUUCUGGUGUUCAGUCUUCUCGGCUGGAGGAAGAUGAUGGAGAUGUGGCAAUGAGUGAUGCUCAGGAUGGUCCCCGCGUACGAUACAACCCGUAUGCCACCCGAACUAACCGUCGGGGUGAUACUUGGCAUGAUCGAGGAGGUCGCAUUCACAUUACUGUGCGGAGAGACAGAGCUCCUCCAGAGAGAGGAGGGGCUGGCACCAGUCAGGAUGGGUCCUCUAAGAACUGGUUCAAGAUUACAAUUCCUUGUGGCAAAAAGUAUGACAAAGCUUGGCUUCUGAACAUGAUUCAGAGCAAAUGCAGUGUCCCUUUCACCCCCAUUGAGUUUCAUUAUGAGAACACCCGGGCCCAGUUUUUUGUGGAGGAUUCCAGCACUGCUUCUGCAUUAAAGGCUCUCAAYUAUAAGAUUGUGGGUCAGGAUAACCGAAGGAUACCUAUCAUCAUCAACCCCUCUGCUCCACCCUAUGUUGUACAAAAUGAACUGAAGCCAGAACAAGUAGAGCAGCUAAAGCUUAUUAUGAGCAAACGUUAUGAUGGUUCCCAACAAGCACUUGAUCUCAAGGGCCUUCGUUCAGACCCAGAUUUGGUGGCCCAGAACAUUGAUGUUGUCCUGCAUCGAAGAAGCUGUAUGGCGGCUACCCUACGAAUCAUUGAAGAAAACAUCCCUGAGCUUUUAUCUUUGAACUUGAGCAACAACAGGCUUUACAGGCUGGAUGUCAUGUCCAGCAUUGUACAGAAGGCAUCCAACCUGAAGAUCUUAAAUCUCUCUGGAAAUGAAUUGAAGUCUGAGCGGGAGUUGGAUAAGAUAAAAGGGCUGAAGCUGGAAGAGCUGUGGCUUGAUGGAAAUCCCCUGUGUGACAGUUUCCAAGACCAGUCUACCUACAUCAGCGCCAUUCGCGAACGAUUUCCCAAGUUACUACGCCUGGAUGGCCAUGAGUUGCCCCCACCAAUUGCCUUUGAUGUUGAAGCCCCCACAAUGUUGCCACCCUGCAAGGGAAGCUAUUUUGGAACGGAGAACCUAAAGAGUCUGGUUCUGCACUUUCUGCAGCAAUACUAUGCAAUUUAUGACUCUGGAGACCGGCAGGGGCUUUUGGAUGCCUACCAUGAUGGGGCCUGCUGCUCACUAAGCAGUCCAAUCACGACCCAUAACCCUGCCCGAAGCAACUUGGCUGAAUACAUCAAGGACWGCAGAAAUGUGAAAAGGAUUAAAGACCCACCCACGCGGUUCMGGUUGCUGAAACACACACGUCUCAACGUUGUCGCCUUCCUCAAUGAGUUGCCCAAAACUCAGCAUGACAUCAAUUCCUUUGUGGUAGACAUAAGUGCCCAGACAAGCACAUUGCUGUGUUUUUCUGUCAAUGGGGUCUUCAAGGAAGUGGAUGGAAAAUCUCGAGAUCCUUUGAGAGCCUUCACGAGGACAUUCAUCGCUGUUCCUGCUAGUAAUUCAGGGUUAUGUAUCGUUAAUGAUGAGCUAUUUGUGCGGAAUGCCAGCCCUGAAGAGAUCCAAAGAGCCUUUGCCAUGCCUGCACCCACACCUUCCUCCAGCCCUGUGCCCACCCUCUCCCCGGAACAGCAGGAAAUGUUACAGGCGUUCUCUACCCAGUCUGGCAUGAACCUCGAGUGGUCCCAGAAGUGCCUUCAGGACAACAACUGGGACUAUACUAGAUCUGCCCAAGCCUUCACUCAUCUCAAGGCCAAGGGUGAGAUCCCAGAAGUUGCAUUCAUGAAGUGAUCCAUAGUUGUGCUCCAGAAGUGCGUGUGUAAAUAGCCCUUGGAUAUUAUUGUAUGGUUGUCAUCCCUUGCCUUCUGUCCGGCCGGAGGCCACCCUGUGACUGUGACUGAGGAGGGAGGUCUGUGGAUCCCGCUCCUCACCUGCCUUCUGGAAGACUUCCUGAAGACUUCCAGAAGAUUGAGCCUCACUGGUGCCAGGAAGCCAAAGCUCACUUUGUAGAACUGACACUAAACUACCCGAAGGACUUAGGUGCUUUGUGUACUUAGCCCCAGGAUUCCCCUUACUUUUUAAGAUAAAGAGUGAUAUUGUA